AUCCUUGGACAGUUUUGGCCAUUGAUCGAGGGCAAUGCGGUUUCGAAUAUACAACGUUGCAGUCAGCUUGCUUUUGGUAGCCUGCACUGGUACCAUCAUGCUGGUUGGACGAAAACCCGUUUGGCUGAUUGACGUCUCAGAUUCUCCCAACAGUCGUGUGGAAAGAAGCCUAGAGGGGAAUACCGGAGGCGAUUGUCACGUAGCAGACCUUGGGGCGAUUCUCCCAGGAGUUUUCAAAAAAGAAAAGACUUUAGAAGACACGGAGGCAGAGAUUAUUCGCCCCGUUCACACAAUAUCUAAGGAACACCUUUACAACACUUCAGAGGAUGGGUCAUAUAGAGAAACCACGGCUCAUGAUCGAACAGGCAGAGAUCUCCAUCAAGAUGACUCGCCAGAAAAUAACUGUUCAGUUAAACUGCGACCCCGGAAGCUUGGCAUUGUCGGAACAGCUGCAGGUUCGACUGUAGUACGGAUCAACAGGUCUAAAGAUCUCGUUGAAGUCAUGCGUGCCUUUAAGGGGACAUGGAAGGAAAAUAAGGAGCUUUCUAAGCAGAUAAGGGAUGAGUUGGCAGGGUGUUGUGAUGUGGAGUCGUCCGUCAUGACAAAGAGGAACGUCAAAGUUGGAGACCAGCUACCGAACGUUCUCAACCGCAAACUUCCUCUGAAAAUAACCAGGGACAUCUACAGAGUCUUACCAAAGGAGUCUCCCUUUAGGAAUAAACAUUACCAGAAGUGUGCGGUAGUGGGAAACAGUGGUAUAUUGCGCGGAAGCCGGUGUGGAACAUCCAUCGACAGUGCUGACGCCGUGUUCAGGUGCAACUUGCCACCACUGCAGAAACAGAUCUACAAGAACGAUGCUGGGGUAAAAUCGACCUACACCACGGCCCCCAUAUCCAUGCUGAAAUUGUACAUGCAAAUGAAGGACAAUUCUGUGAGAGAGAAGUUUCUGAAAGACAUGGCGUCGUACCGAGGAAUCCUGUCACUAAAGAAACCCAACAAUUAUACCAACUACAUGAUCAGCGCUAUCGAAGGUGCCAUGAAAGGCAAGUUGAGUGGAGUAUAUGAGCAUCCACAUCACUUCAUGUGCAUUGACAACUACUGGAGAAACCGUGGAAUUCCCAGAAAGAUUACAUCAGGUAUCUACAUCAUCAGCAUGGCACUGACCCUGUGCGAUGAAGUCCACGUUUACGGUUUUUGGCCCUUUUCACGUGACGACAAAGGCAGGAAAGUGUUUUACCAUUACUACAAGGCGCCGGUCUUUGUUAAGAACGCUCACAACAUGCCACUGGAGUUCUUCUCAAUACGGCAAAUGCACCUAGAUGGCGUCAUCAAGGUCCACAUGCAGUGCUCACGCAAUAUUGGUCCACGUUCGACUGGCAAAAAAAAAGCAAGGCCCCGCCCCGGAGGUGCUGCCAAAAACACAAGUAACAAUGUUGGGUAUAUGAUGAAAUCUUUUGGAGCAAACGCUAAGAAACCAUGAAAGAAUUUUGAAGA